AUGGCACCGGCAACAGUCAGAAGGGCGCCUUACAAGGACUUUCUGCAGCCUGCACUGCAUAGACGGUUUUCUUCCACGGCUACCAUUUUGCUCGCCCUUUCUUACUUCCAGGCCAUCAUUCUGUCCGGCUGGAGCUCUUACUUUUGGACAUGGUUUCCCAUUGGCCCCGCUGGCAUUCGUACCCUCUUCAUCUUCAUCUGUGGACUGGCGAUACUGGUCCUGCGCAUCUCCCAAUACCACGUCGGCGUCCGCGCUGCUAAUUCGACCUUCGACGCGUUUACCAAGUUCUUCUUCAGUCUCCAGACCAUCGAGACAUGGAUGUUCUACAGCUUUUCGAGCACCCUCUUCUCCUACAUAUACCUGUGGGCGCUUCCAGAGACCGCGAAUCUGGGGGUGGUAACAUACUACAGCGGCGACCGUGCGCGAGCGAACGAGAGGACGAUUUUCUUCUUUUGCUAUAUGGGCAUCAGCGCUGCCGUGCAGGCGCUUUUCCACUUUUACCAGGAUGAUGACAAAAUCCUGAUCAACGUCUCGAGGUCGAAGAACGGUGAGGCGAAGAGCUCGGGGGAUAGCUCCGCUACCUUGAAGAAUGUUGUCGGAGAGAUCCCAGCGAUUCUAGCCCAGGCAGGCUCCAGAGCUUUUGCCAAUAUUCUCGUCACAUCCGUUGUCUAUUUCUUCCUCCUGCGAUCAUGGGCCUGGGGAUGGGCGCUAUUCUUCCUGCGUCCCUUCUACAACCUCCCCAAGACGAACAUGCUGCCUCCUAGUCAGCCAGUCGACAUCCACCUGUUCGUUCGCUGCUUUAUUGCAGGCUUCCUCAUUUCCAGUGCAUGGAAGACGGCGAACCAUGCUUUUUCGACUUUCAUGGUUAAAGAGCCGCUGAAGAACGGCAAGCCCCUUACCAGCGAGUCCAAGGAUCCCAAUGGGAGCCUGCUGAAUGGACUCAAGAGCAAAAAGUCGCAAAUCCGGUGUUUUGCUCUGUGGGAACUUGCACACAUUGCCCGAAGCGAUGAUGUCAGACGGAAAGCUAUCUACGAGGAUAUUGAUCGAAAAGACGGUUCCAUGUGGUCGCAAGUUUUUGUGCUCUGCCUUGAGGUGGUAAAGAGCAUUGAAAAGAGAAUUGAUGAGUACGGAAAGCCUCCAGCAGCGCCUGCUCCUCCCGUCGAGCCUGAGCAGGUGCGGGCUCGUUCUUCGGCACCUCUGAAGGAGGAUCCGAUCUUCCAGAGCAAGCCAGCGAACAAGAGCAUGCGCGGCGAAGUGGAAAAGGCCCUUACGUCGGUUGGACGACACCCUGGUCACUCUCCCGUCUCGCAGCUCAGCCCUCUGGCAAAGAAGACGCUUCGGGGUGCGCGGGACAAGGUCUUGAGCAAGGAGCAGCAAGAGGCUCUGUCCUCCCCUCAGUUGAGAACCCAGAUCCAGACUUGGGCACUGACGAUCGUGGGUAACGAGUAUGUGGGCUGGAUCUUCCGCCAAGAGUUCCGCAACCGCCUCACUGCUGUAAUCCUGGGAUCCCCGUACUCGGAGCUGAGCCAGUACAUUAACGCCGUUGAUGUGCUCAGCUUAUUCUUGGUGAACAGCAUCCAGGAGGACAAGUUUGGUAACGUCCACAGAGACGUCGCGUCCGUCAUCCGAAACUUCACCGUCAUCAUCAAUAAGAUUGAGGCGUUCAAGGCCAACUUCCCAGUUCACUGGACGGAUAUCCACGGAAGCAGGGCCACGCCGGAGGUGGAUGGAGUGUUGUCUGCGCUGAAGACGGGCCUUGCGCCGGUUGUGGCAGAGUUUGAGCCUUACGCGAGCGACUUGAGAUUAAGUCGCACGGAUAUCAGACUAGCCAAGGAAGCUUCAACCGAAGCAUCUCCCACCGAGGAGGACAGACCAUUGCUCCCUGAGAUGCAACAGGCCCGGUAG